CGGCGCGGGCCGGGGCCGCAGCGAGAGGCGCUAAGAUGGCGGCGGCGGCCGUGGUGGAGUUCCAGAGAGCCCAGUCCCUGCUCAGCACCGACCGCGAGGCCUCCAUCGACAUCCUGCACUCCAUCGUGAAGCGCGACAUCCAGGAGAAUGACGAGGAGGCGGUGCAGGUCAAAGAGCAGAGCAUCCUGGAGCUGGGCUCCUUGCUGGCCAAGACCGGACAGGCGGCAGAGCUCGGAGGCCUCCUGAAAUACGUGCGGCCCUUCCUGAACUCCAUCAGCAAGGCCAAGGCCGCCCGCCUCGUCCGGUCCCUGCUGGACCUGUUCCUGGACAUGGAGGCCGCUACUGGACAGGAGGUGGAUCUGUGCCUCGAGUGCAUCGAGUGGGCCAAGUCCGAGAAGAGGACUUUCCUGCGUCAGGCCCUCGAGGCCCGGCUGGUGUCUCUCUACUUUGACACCAAGAGGUACCAGGAGGCUUUGCAGUUGGGCUCGCAGUUGCUGCGGGAGUUGAAGAAGAUGGACGACAAGGCCCUCCUGGUGGAGGUGCAGCUCUUGGAGAGCAAGACCUACCACGCCCUGAGCAACCUCCCCAAAGCCCGCGCCGCCCUGACCUCUGCCCGGACGACCGCCAACGCCAUCUACUGCCCCCCCAAGCUCCAGGCCACCCUGGACAUGCAGUCAGGUAUCAUCCACGCCGCGGAGGAGAAGGACUGGAAAACGGCGUACUCGUACUUCUACGAGGCGUUCGAGGGCUACGACUCUAUCGACAGUCCCAAGGCCAUCACGGCCCUGAAGUACAUGCUGCUCUGCAAAAUUAUGCUCAACACGCCGGAAGACGUGCAGGCCUUGGUGAGCGGGAAGCUGGCUCUGCGCUAUGCAGGGAGGCAGACGGAAGCCCUGAAAUGCGUGGCCCAAGCUAGCAAGAACCGGUCGCUGGCCGACUUCGAGAAGGCGCUGACGGAUUACCGGGCGGAGCUCCGGGACGACCCCAUCAUCAACACACACCUGGCCAAGCUGUAUGACAACUUGCUGGAACAGAACCUGAUCCGGGUCAUCGAACCUUUCUCCAGAGUACAGAUCGGACACAUAUCCGGCCUCAUCAAACUCUCGAAGGCCGACGUGGAAAGGAAACUGUCACAGAUGAUCCUGGACAAGAAGUUCCACGGAAUUCUGGACCAAGGGGAAGGAGUCUUGAUCAUCUUCGAUGAGCCGCCUGUAGAUAAAACGUACGAAGCCGCCCUGGAGACCAUUCAGAACAUGAGCAAAGUGGUGGAUUCACUCUACAACAAAGCCAAGAAGCUGACAUAGAGUUGGAUGUAGUAGCUGUCGUUUGGAGAGUGUGUGUGGAGGAGAGUGAAACCUUUGGGGAAAACUGCUAGGAGAUUAUUUUUUCUUUUUUUUCCUCCCCCCCCCCCCCCCUUCCGUUCUUCCGUUCUACUUUUCGCUCGGAAAGUUUUUAAACUUCCUCACCCCGGUGCGUCUGUAUCCCGGCCGAAAGGCGUCCCAGUUCCCGUGUAACGUUUCCUGGCGGGGUCGACGGCCGGGCCCCAGAGCAGCAGCGCGAAAUAAAAGAAACGGGCUCACACUCUA